AUGCCGUUGCCUAUACACCUACCGAAUAUACAAUCCAUUGCUGUAAGACCACGUGAAAAUCUCAGACGGGUAGUGAUAGAUCCAAAGCGUUCACGAACACCGUUGACAGAAUACUUUACAAUGAUUGCGACAAUUGAUGGUGGCACCAACCUUUUAUAUGGUGAAUUUCCAGAGCACUAUAGAUGGGAUGCAAAUACAAAGGAGUCGGUUGAGAGAAAAAAUAAAGUCACUGUUAUUGGGAGAAUAGCAUUUGUUUUACCAGCUGAAGAAGAUGAUGAUGCUGCAUCUAUAUGUUUAGCUGAAGCUGUAGAAGUUCAGUUACCAGAUGCUUUGAGGCGACUAUUUGCAACAGUACUGAUUUUUUGUCAGCCAAGUGAUCCAUCUGCUUUAUGGGAAAAAUAUUACACAGCAUUGUCAGAAGAUUUCAGGUAUAAAUUUAAGGAUUGUAUAGAAAAAAUCAAGCAGCUGACUGUUAGUUUAUUGGAACAGCACCUUGAAUCAAUGGGUAAAUCACUAAAAACUUUUGGGCUAGAUCAUCUAAGCUACAAUGUUGGUGAUGAUUACAGAAAAACAAGAGAUAUAGCAGAUGUUUUAAAUACAGCUAUUCCUCAAGAAUUCAUAAAUAAGAAAGAACGUUUGAAUGCAGCUCAAUUCAAAGCAUUUGAUUGUAUAAUGAAACAUAUUCAUGAAAAAAAAGGAGGGGCUUUUUUCAUUGAUGGACCAGGUGGCACAGGGAAGACAUUUUUAUACAAUUGUUUAUAUGCAGAAAUUCGAAUGAUGAAUAAGAUUGUAUUGCCAACUGCAACAUCUGGAAUAGUAGCAUCAAAUCUUCCUUCAAGGAGGACAGCUCAUUCAAGAUUCAAAAUACCAAUUGAUCAUGAGAACUCUCUUACAUGUGAUGUGCCAAAACAAGGUAGUUUAGCACAGUUAAUAAAAGAGAUAACUUUAAUUAUAUGGGAUGAAGCUUCUAUGGCCAACAAGGCAAAUUUACAAUCCCUUGAUUUGCUGCUACAGGAUAUAUGUGACAGUACAACACUUUUCGGUGGUAAACUUGUUAUUCUUGGCGGAGAUUUUAGACAAGUUCUACCAGUUGUACCUCAGAAGUCCUUAAAACAGGCUGUUGAGUGA